CUAACAACAACCACUUCCUCCGUUAGGUUCGCCGAUCUUGUCUCCGAGACCACCAAGAAGUCCAAGGAGCUCGCCGCCGAGGCCUCCAAGAGAGCCGAAGAGAUAAAGGCCGCCAUUGCCGCCGAGGCCGCCAAGCACGCCGACAGCAUCAAAACCCUCUCCGACGGAAUCACCAUUCCUCCCCAAAUCUCCGCCGCCAUUGCCACCGCAUCAUCUGCCGCAGCUGCAGCCGCGCCCUCUUCUUCCUCACCGUCUGUUCCCAACGACGACGACCUCGAGAAGUUCGGCGUCACCGAUGAUCUCAGAUCCUUCGUCAGAGGACUCACUUCCACCACGUUCCAGAACUUCCCCCUCAGUUUCGAUGAAUCGCAGGCCUCUGAUGUGCCCACUGUGGCUUCCAAUAAUGUGCGGAAGGAUCUCAAUGAUUUUCAGGAGAAACAUGCCACACUUGUUCUUAUCACUGUUAAGGAAAUUUCAAGGCUGAGAUAUGAAUUAUGCCCUCGUACUAUGAAAGAACGACACUUUUGGAAGAUUUAUUUUACUCUUGUAAACACGCAUGUGGCACCGUAUGAGAAAAAAUAUAUGGAGGAGGUUCAGCUCAGAGAUGCAGCAGAUAAAACUGUGGCUAAGUUAGAGCAAGCUACAAUUACUGGAGGAAGUGGAAACGUAGAAGCAACAGGGAACAAUGUGAAGAGUAAAUCUUCUAAGACAUCCUCUACUGAGCAAGACUUGGAUACGUUUCUUCUUGGAGAUCUUGAAGACAGUGAUGAAGGUCCAGAUGGCGGGGCGGACGGCUUUGAUGACGAUGAUGAUGAUUUUGACAAGAUUGGAAAUUCUGAUGUUGAAGACGAGAAGCUUGGGAAGAAAACAUCUGCACCAGAAGUUUAGCAUGCCAAAUUUCUUCGGUAUGAGACUAGAAAAUACAAAUGAAGCUUGCUGUUUGCUGCUUGCAAAUAACUGAGAGAUGGAUGAAUGGUAAAGAUAAACUGUUGUAGCAGUCUGGACUGGAAUAUCAAUAUUGGCGGCCAUGGCAGUGUAUAUUUGGUGAAUUGGUCGGAAAAUUUGAAGUACGAAUCGAUAUUGUUUAUUUGUUUACCUUGUACUAUAUAGAUAAUUUUUUUUUUUCUGGAAGCUUUUCCAUAUUUUUAGUUGGUUGUUAGCCAUUGAACUUGUCCUGUACAGACCUUAUUUUUGGAUAAUUGUUUCGUCGGUUUUUAUUCUUAAUACGAUGUUUUUGUUGUGAUAA